AUGGAACCUCUACGAGACCCCAAGCGACAGAUUCGGCUGCUGCAUCUCUUUCCUGGGGCGGCAGACGAUAGUAUCUCAUGCGAAGUGAGUGUCCGUGGCUUCGAUAGAUCGACCCACGAAUAUCUGGCGAUAUCAUACACGUGGGGAGACACGGCGCAUCCACGGGGAAUUUUCAUCGAUAACGAGCUUCGAAUGGUGCGUCAAAAUUGCCACUACGCUUUAUGGCAAGCACGGUAUCACUAUCCGGAUGCUUAUAUCUGGAUCGAUGCCUUUUGCAUUGACCAGGAGAAUCUCGAAGAGAAGAGUCGUCAAGUGGCAAUGAUGAGCAAGAUAUUUGCCCAGGCAACCGAGGUGCUGGCUUGUGUUGGACCUGAUCAUGGUGACAGUGAGUUCUUGUGGAACUUCUCCCAGGACUUCUCGUACGAAGCUCUGUAUCCAAAGCAUAGAGAAGCUUUCACAGUCGGUUGCAAUGGCGAACAUCCAGAAGCAGCCAUUAGCUGCGAAGAACUCUGGGAUAAUUGGGAAGCCAGCAACUCAGUAGAGGCUCUCGAAAGAUUUCUCAAGGCUUGCCACAAGUUCAUGAACCGGCCAUAUUGGGAACGCUUGUGGAUCUUGCAGGAGGUCACCGUGGCUCGUAGAAAGGAGGUUCUCUGCGGCAGAUUUCGCCUACCAUGGACGGUGACACACAAUUUGGCGUUGUUGCAAGAUCUCAACAAAGCUCAUGCCCUGCUUGCAAUAAGCGGCUUUACAUUUGUUAUGAUCUCCCGCUGGUCCCCGACUGAAUGCGUCGAUGAGUCUGUUAUGUCCCUGUUUCGACAUUAUAAAUGCCAAGAUGCGCGAGAUCGUAUUUUCGGGACUCAAGCUUUCCUGCGUUUCAACGAUAUAAAGUUCCACAUCGAACCAGACUAUAGCAAGUGCGCUUUGGAGCUCGCAAUGACAAUCAUGUCGCAUUACACACCGUGGACCUUUCCUAGCAAGUUGCUCUGCUUGUUAGAGGUCAACAUGCAUUGUCCGCAACUUCAGGCUCUGAUUGUCAGGAGAUUGCAUCAGGAUGCCAGCAUGGUCUCCGACGUCCCAGCUGGCUAUCACAUGGCAUUUAAUACUACGCGGCUACGCAGAGAUGGAAAGGGCCGAUUGACGUGCAGCCUUGGAAGCUUACAGGCUGCUCAUAAAGAUCUCGCAAUGCUGGACUUCAUCACAUUUGCGAGCAACGACAGGACCUUCAAUGAGAUGCUCUCGGAAUGCGUGAAAGUCUAUGCGGGCGAUGAGCCAGCUAUGUUUCUGGGAAAUGAGGCCCGGGAAGGCGACUAUCUGGCGGAGUUGGAAUGGGGCACAGGUCUCCUCUUCGUACUCCGCCCUCGUACGAAGAGAACUUUCAAGAUCGUCAGCCAGGGAUUUUCACUAAUGUCACAUGCCAUCUGCUGGGACAAGUGCGAUUGUGUGAACCAAGGCAUCGUGCAUGACGCCCUGAUGCAAUCGCUGUUCGCUACGAGUCUAUCCAUCGAGGAUGUUGUCGUCUUCUUUGGCCAAGAUCUACUCGGCCAUGAUGAAGAACGCGAGCUUCAGCAUGACCCCACUGCCCGACUACGCCGACUUAUCACCCCAGUCAGCUCUCAAACUAGACCCAUCGCCAUUAUGGAGAGCGAUGACCACGAGAAUGACUGGGAAAGUGAGGAUGACCCUUACGAGGGUGGGGACGAGGCAGAAAGCGAUGAUGCAUCAGAGAGUGACGACACCCUGGAAAGUGACAAUUGA